GGUCACUCAUUCGCGUAGGUGACAUCAGAACGAGGCUGGCUGGUAUUGACAGCAGCCGCUAUUUGGAGGACAACAAAACCUGUCCUUCGUAAACAAAUCCAGCCAGUUGAGAGUCCAGACGGGACUUUAAAAACGCCAAGAUCAGCUGAAGACCAUUUUCUACAGAGAUAGCUUCCAAUUGAAACGGCGGAAAUGUUUUUAUGACGAAGACUUUGGGCUGCUUCUAGCAGGAUACUGGGUGUAUAUAGGCAGCCUGGGCCAAGGGUCAUCUGUGAUGCAAGCCUGGUAAACGUUCCCGAAGAAGACCGGAAACGACUCACAUUUUCACCUGAGUCUCGGUACAGUCGUCUACCAUUUCAUAUGCUGUAAAAAUAUCGACUAUCGCUGUCAGUAGGCCGCGUUUCCCCGAUCAGCAGUGCCUACAGUGUAUCAUAACCAUCGGAGCAGACGGUCGGCCAUAAACCCAAGAUGGCGGACGUGGACCCCGAGACACUGUUGGAGUGGCUGUCGAUGGGCCAGGGAGAUGAGAGGGACAUGCAGCUUAUCGCUCUGGAACAGCUCUGUAUGCUGCUGCUCAUGUCAGACAACGUGGACAGGUGCUUCGAAAGCUGCCCUCCCCGGUCCUUCAUCCCAGCCCUGUGUAAGAUCUUCCUGGAUGAGUGUGCCCCUGAUAACGUUCUGGAGGUGACUGCCCGCGCCCUGACCUACUACCUGGAUGUGUCUGCGGAGUGUACCCGGCGCAUCGUGGCAGUGGACGGUGCAGUGAAGGCCAUCUGUAACAGGCUGGUGGUAGUGGAGCUGUCCUCUAGGACCAGUAAGGACCUGGCAGAACAAUGUGUGAAGGUGCUGGAGCUGAUGUGUACACGGGAAUCCGGAGCUGUGUUUGAAGCAGGAGGUCUGAACUGUGUGCUGACGUUUAUCCGUGACAAUGGCUCCCUGGUGCACAAAGACACCCUGCACUCCGCCAUGGCAGUGGUGUCCCGGCUGUGUGGGAAGAUGGAGCCCCAGGACACAUCACUUCCCACCUGUGUGGAGUCACUCUCCACGCUGCUCAGACAUGAAGACCCACAGGUUGCAGACGGAGCCUUGCGUUGUUUUGCCUCGCUGGCCGACAGGUUCACCCGGCGUGGGAUGGACCCAGCCCCACUGGCCGAGCACGGGCUGACCUCCGAGCUCCUCAGCAGACUAGCCAAUCAGGGCCGUGCAUCAGGUCAGCUGACAGGUGCCCAGGCAGGUACACCAGGUGGAACCCCAGGUGCAGUUGGUGCCACGCCCGAGUCCACAAAAUCUAGUGCCAAUGUCUCCACUAUUAUCAGCUUACUAUCCACACUUUGCAGAGGAUCAGAGGGCAUCACAAAGGAUUUGCUGAGAUCUGAGCUGCCAGAAGCCAUAGAGAAAGCUCUUUCAGGAGAUGAAAGAUGUGUGCUGGACACCAUGCGGCUGGUAGACCUUCUGUUGGUGCUUGUGUUUGAGGGGAGGAAAGCCCUCCCUAAGACAGGCAUCAGCAGUGUGAGCAGGCUGCCUGGCCUGCGCAGGAUGGACAGCGCUGGGGAACGCUCUCACCGCCAGCUCAUCGACUGUAUCCGCAGCAAGGACACAGACGCUCUCAUUGACGCCGUGGAUACCGGUACAUUUGAGGUGAACUUCAUGGACGAUGUUGGCCAGACCCUGCUGAACUGGGCCUCUGCCUUCGGCACUCAGGAGAUGGUGGAGUUCCUGUGUGAGAGGGGGGCAGAUGUCAACAGGGGGCAGAGGUCAUCCUCCCUACACUACGCCGCCUGUUUUGGAAGACCACAGGUUGCCAAGACCUUGCUGAGAUAUGGUGCUAACCCUGACCUGAGAGACGAGGAUGGUAAGACACCGCUGGAUAAGGCACGUGAGAGGAACGAUGAAGGCCAUCGGCAGGUGGUACAGAUCCUGCAGUCCCCCGGGGAGUGGAUGUGCCCAGUGUCCUCAGAACCCAGCAGCCCCAGGGAGGAGCCAGUAGAACCACAGGACGGGGUGGAGCCCAAGGGAGACCCUGAGAUGGCACCCAUCUACCUGAAGAGACUCCUCCCUGUGUUUGCAGCAGCCUAUCAACAAACCAUGAUGCCAUCUGUCAGGAAAGCCUCCCUGGCCCUGCUGCGUAAGAUGGUACACUACAUCUGCCCCUCCCUGCUGGAGGAGAUGAGCACCAGUGAACAGACAGGCCCUACCUUCGCCUCCCUGCUGGUCGAUGUGUUGGCAAUGGUACUUGAACAGGAGGAUGAUGAUGAUGGCCACCUGACAGCACUACAGAUUGUGAAUGACCUGAUGAAGAAGGGAGCUGAGCUGUACCUGGAUCACUUUGCCAGGCUGGGUGUGGUCAGCAAGGUGUGCUCCCUCGCUGGGCCUCCUGAUGAGGACUCUGAAGAGGAAAUAGAGGAAGAGGAAGGUGCAAAGGGAGGCAAGCCUGCUGUGUCAGCCACCUCUUUACCCCAAGUGCCUGAGGAAAAUAUUGUUUCCUUCCUUCAGCCUGAGAGGUUAGAAGGCCAACAGGAUGUGACAGAGAUUGUGCAGGGGAAGCCGUACCACUGGCGAGACUGGUGCCUGGUGCGCGGCCGCGACUGUCUGUACGUGUGGAGCGAUGCAGCGGCCCUGGAACUGUCCAAUGGUAGCAACGGCUGGUUCCGUUUUAUCCUGGAUGGCAAACUUGCCACCAUGUAUUCCAGUGGUAGCCCUGAAGGUGGCUCAGAUAGUUCAGAGAGUCGUGGAGAAUUUCUGGAGAAGCUGCAGAGGGCUCGCAGUGGGGUGAAACCCGGCACACCCAGUCUUCCCAUUCUGUCCAAAGCUGGGCCAACCAAAAUUGUGGUGGGAAAUUGGUCACUGCAGUGUCGCAAGGAAGGGGAGAUCUCCGUCCACAACUCUGAUGGACAGCAGGCUACUGUGUUGAAGGAAGACCUUCCAGGCUUUGUGUUUGAAUCUAACAGGGGAACAAAACACUCCUUCACAGCAGAAACAUCUCUCGGUCCCGAGUUCUCUGCAGGUUGGGGUGGAAAGAAGAGCCAUAGGUUCAAGUCCAAGGCUGAGCAGACCAAACAGAAGAUCAAGUGUCUGGCCCGGGAGCUGUAUGAGCAGCACUUCAAGGCAGCACAGGCGACCCCGAGGGGCGUGGUGUCCAAGCUACGCAGCAUCGUGGCACAGCUAGAGACAGCAUGUGAAGCUCAUGGCAAAGGGAACAAGGUGCAGGAAGGAGAGCUUGGCUGGGAAGACCAGAUGAAAACUGCCCUUGAGUGCCUGACCCUGCUGCUGAAGGACGAGGCCACCAUCUCAGCAUUUGAACUCCACAGCAGUGGGCUGGUGCAGGCACUGCUCAACUGCCUCAACAAUAAUGUUGAUGUUGACAGCAACAGAGUUGCUUCCAGAAUCAAGGUGUUCAAAGCUGCAUUCAGGGACAACGUAGAGGACAGCGGUGUGACCCCAUCUGUGGCCCUGGUGAGGAAACUGGUGUCUGUUCUGGAGUCCAUCGAGAGGCUGCCCUUAUUUGUACAUGAUGGACCUGGGUCAGGAACAGGUCUUCAGAUCUUGACAAGACGUCUCCGGUUCCGCCUGGAGCGGGCCAAUGGGGAGACUUCGCUCAUCGACAGGACAGGGCGCACCUUGAAGAUGGAGCCCCUGGCCACCAUAGGAGCACUGGAAAGAUAUCUGCUUAAAAUGGUUGCCAAACAAUGGUAUGACUACGACCGCAGCACUUUCUCUUACAUCAGACGGCUGAAGGAGGGGCAGACGUUCACAUUCAAACAUGUGAAAGAUUUUGAUGAGAAUGGCAUCAUAUACUGGAUUGGAACCAAUGGAAAGACAGCGUUUGAGUGGGUGAACCCAGCCCAGUAUGGCCUGGUGGUGGUGACAUCAUCAGAAGGGAAGAACCUGCCCUAUGGUCGACUGGAGGACAUUCUGAGCCGGGACUCCUCUGCCCUCAACUGUCAUACCAAUGAUGACAAGAAAGCCUGGUUUGCCAUCGACCUGGGUGUGUGGGUGAUCCCCACAGGCUACACCCUCCGCCACGCCCGUGGGUACGGCAGGUCAGCGCUGAGGAACUGGCAGUUCCAGGUGUCUAAGGACGGCCAGAACUGGGUCACCUUGUUCAACCACACGGACGACAGCUCGCUAAAUGAACCAGGGUCCACAGCUUCUUGGCCCAUAGAAUCCCCCAAAGAUGAGAAGCAGGGAUGGCGGCAUAUUCGUCUCCAGCAGACAGGCAAGAAUGCAAGCGGCCAGACCCACUACCUUUCCCUGUCAGGCUUUGAGCUGUACGGGGUCGUGACUGGGGCUUGUGAUGACAUAGGUAAGGCAGCUCGGGAGCAGGAGGCGUACCUGCGGAAGCAGCGGCGUAUCCUGCGCUCCCAGGUGCUGCGGCAGAUGGUGGUUGGGGCACGCGUGGUGCGAGGACUUGACUGGAAGUGGCGGGACCAGGAUGGUGGACCUGGGGGAGAGGGCACUGUGACAGGAGAACUGCACAAUGGCUGGGUGGACGUGACUUGGGAUGCUGGAGGCUCCAACUCGUACCGUAUGGGUGCUGAGGGCAAGUAUGACCUGCAGCUGGCCCCGUCCCACAACCCUGACCUGCUCGCAGUCAUGACGGCCAAGAAGGCUGAUUCCAAGUCUGUCUCCACUGAGGGUGCCGUGGGGAGGACUCGUCGGGACCAAAGAGAAAAGGACCUGGAAAGUAAGAAGGUGGAGGGUGCAACAGGAGGAGUAGAGGUUGAGCGGAGUAGGAGGGACUCUGACCACGAUGAGGUGAGGAGCGCCAGAGAGGAGCUGAAGUCUCGCAGAGAGUCUCGAGCACGAGCGUCCUCAGAGGAAUCUGCUGGGGCCACAUCCACAACCUCCGAGACUGUUGUGGUGAACCUGGAGACGGAGGCUACCUCAGAGACAGGUGUGGUGGUACACAGUAGUGACAGGCCACCGGCUCCACCCUCUGUUGAGUCGUCCAAUGAGGACAUUUCCGCCCUCCCCGACCCAGUGGAGCGCCCGGCAUGUGACCCACGACCAGGUAGCGUGAGUCCUCGUCCAACGAGUGCAAUGAGUUCAGAGACUCUGUCGUCUGUUGGAGAGGAAUCUGGAGCCAUGUCGUCAGAGUCCACCACCAGGACAUUAAGUACCUUCAAACCAGAGCCUGCAAAACUGCGAGGGGAACCGCAGCCUUCCAGUGCACCCGGAAGCAUGAGCUCGAGUGUGCCAAACUUGUCGUCUGCACGGGAAACGGCAGCUAGCCUGAUGGAGUCCUUUGUGUCCAUCGCGAGAAGGGCUGGCGCUGGUGCUACCAACAACAUGCUGUUGAGCCGCAGCACCAGCAGCAGCCAUGCCAGCGGACUGGUCAGACUGGGCCUGUCUGGAUCUAAUGCUGUUCAGUCAGUGGCAUCAAACAAUGUGCUGAGUUCGGCCCAAAGUGUCCCCAACCUGACUACGUCCAGCACUUCGAACGCUACUGCCACUAACACAACCACCAUGGCAGCUAACCUCAGCACCACCAUGACCAUGAGCCUGACGUCCACGUCCAGCGAGAGUGAUAAUGACUUCCUGGACACCUGCCGGGCCAGCACACUGCUGGCCGAGCUGGAGGACGAUGACGAUCUCCCUGAGCCUGAUGAGGACGAUGAUGAGAAUGAGGAUGAGAAUGAGGAAGAAGAGGAGUAUGAGGAGGUUGUGCAGGAGGAAGAGGAGUAUGAGCUGCGCGGGGGCCGGCGUCGCACCUGGGACGAUGAGUUUGUCCUGAAGAGACAGUUCUCUUCUCUUGUACCGGCUUUUGACCCCCGUCCUGGCCGGACCAAUGUCCAGCAGACACAAGACUUGGAGAUCCCUGCCCCAGGUGACCCUGAGGUAGCUACACCUGAGCAGGAGGAGACUGUCCCCACACCACAGCUGGUUCUCACUCUCAAAGCACCAGGGUUCGUGGACUCAGUUGAGCAGACCCUGGAAGGAGAUGCCUCCACCAUCUUCAGCCACAUCCAGCACAUGGUGGCCACCGCAGUGUCUGCUGGUGGCAGGGCUGAUAGACUACGCAGGAUAUGGGAACCUACAUAUAUAAUCGUGUACAGGGAGAGAAAGGAAGAAGAAGAAGUAGAGAAAAGGGGUCGGUGGACUGUUGAGUUUGUGGAGAGAGCGCUGGGCACAGACGAUCUGCCGAAGUCGGAGCUGAUUUCCUACCUUCAGCAGAACGCAGACACCGCGUUUCUCAGGAGAUGGAAGCUGACAGGGGCUCCCAAGAGCAUCCGGAAGAACAGAAACUGUGCACAGUUGGUGGCAGCAUACAAGGAGUUUCUUGGCAGCGGUGGUGAAUCCAAGCCUCCAACACCACAGCACAAGCCAGUUGUCCACACCAGCAACAUUCUCAGUGAGGGUGACUUCUCUCCCCCGCAUGCCCGGGAGGAUCCGUCCUCCUGUACAGUGGACGAUGUCCUUCAGCUACUCAGGAUACUGUACGCAGUUGCAUCAGAUGUUGCAGACAUGGACACAGAGGGAGGAGACAGCCACCACUUCAACGUGUCGGCAGAGGAGUUCCAGAGCAAAAAGCUCACAAACAAAGUCAUUCAACAAACUCAGGACCCACUGAGCCUGGCUGCUGCAGCACUACCUGAGUGGUGUGAGAAGCUGACCAACAAGUGCCCCAUGAUCUUCCCCUUCGAGACCAGACAACUCUACUUCAACUGCACUGCCUUUGGCUGCUCAAGAGCAAUAGUUUGGCUACAGAACAAGAGGGAUGCAGCCCUGGAAAGGUCCCGUGGACCCUCACCACGGCGCGAUGAUCACCACGAGUUCCGGGUCGGGCGUCUGAAGCACGAGAGAGUCAAGGUCCCAAGAGGCGAGAGCCUGAUGGAAUGGGCGGUGAAUGUCAUGAGAAUACAUGCUGAUAGGAAAUCAGUUCUGGAGGUGGAGUUUGUUGGUGAGGAAGGCACAGGACUGGGUCCCACGUUGGAGUUCUAUGCUCUGGUAGCUGCUGAGCUGCAGAGGAAGUCCCUUGGGCUGUGGCUGUGUGAUGAUGACUUCCCUGAUGAUCAGGCUAGAGAGGUGGAUAUAGGACACGGCACCAAACCACCAGGAUACUAUGUCCAGCGUGCCUGUGGGCUGUUCCCUGCACCACUGCAGCAGGAUGCAGAGGCAACAGAACGCGUGGCCUGCAUGUUCCACUUCCUGGGCAUCUUCCUGGCCAAGAGCUUGCAGGACGGACGACUUGUAGACCUGCCUUUGUCACGCCCCUUCCUGAAGUUAAUGUGUGUUGGGGACGCUGAGAAUAGCAUGACAGAGACUUGUGCAGAGUAUCACCGCAGCAUGUCAGAAAUCGACCUACACUCCAAUGAGACCCAGUCAGAGGCAUCCACAGAAGAUGGGACAGAAAUUAUCACAGGCUACAUCACAGAUGACGACUCCAAGUAUGAUCUGGUACAGGACCCACCCAAACCCAAGUCACCUGCCUGGUUUACAGGAUUGCUGAAUUGGGAGGACUUUGAGCUGGUGAACCCGCACCGUGCACGCUUCCUGAACCAGCUGAAGGAGCUGGCUGCAAAGAAGCGCGCCAUCUUGAAUGACAACUCCCUGUCAGAGGAUGACAGGUCCAAUCAGCUGCAGAACUUGUGCCUGGUCAACCCAAUUGGAUCAGGACCACCUUGCAAGUUAGAGGACCUAGGGUUGGACUUCACCUACUCACCCUCCUCUAAGGUGUACGGAUUCUCCCACCUGGACCUGAAACCCAAUGGCUCUGAUGAGCAUCUUUCUCUGGACAACUUGGAAGAGUAUGUGGAGGUGAUGUUUGACUUCUGUAUGAACACUGGUGUAAGGAAACAGCUGGAGGCAUUCAGAGCUGGCUUCUCAGAGGUGUUCCCCAUGGAGAAGCUUCAGGGCUUCAGUCCGACAGAAGUGCAGCUGAUGAUCAGUGGGGACCAGGCACCCUCCUGGAUCAGGGAUGACAUCCUGAACUACACAGAACCCAAGCUAGGAUAUACCAGGGAAAGCCCUGGUUUCCAAAGGUUCGUUAAUGUGAUGUGCAACCUGAAUGCUGAUGAGCGGAAGGCCUUCCUCCAGUUUGCCACAGGUUGCUCCUCCCUUCCCCCCGGUGGUUUGGCCAACCUGUACCCUCGCCUCACCAUUGUCCGCAAAGUGGACGCCUCCGAUGGCAGCUUCCCAUCCGUCAACACCUGCGUACACUACCUGAAACUCCCCGAGUACUCCUCUGAAGAGAUUUUACGAGAGAGACUCCUAGCUGCAACAAGGGAAAAGGGAUUCCACCUAAAUUAAUGAUGACUCUGUUUUCUAGUCACCAUGAUUGCUCCUAUUGUUGCCUCGGACAAAAACAUACAAGAAGCCUGUAGAGACUGUGGAUGCAGUGUGUAAACAAGUGUGCAUGUGCUGGGAGAUGCAUGAGUUUGUUCAGUGUACCUGUAUGUCUGUGCCAUAGUGUUUGCUGCUGUGAGCUAAUUAUAACUGUGGUGUGGAUGGGAUGUUCCAAGACAGAUGUAAUGAGGGGGUGUAUAUGCAAAAAAAUGGCACUGCCUUUCCCAUGCAAUGUGUGGACUGGUAUUGGAGCCUUUAUUGCCUGCUUAAUUUGUAGAUAGAAAUCAAAUAACCUAUGAUAAUUGAUGACUAUAACAACAUAGGGGCCUUUAGAGAUCAGUAUAUCGUAAUUGUAAAGUUGCAGAUUUACUAUAGCUUUGGUCACUUGAACAUGUUCUGUAUUUAUGACUUUGUACUCAUGCCCAGUAUGCUAGCUUUUGUGGUCAGGACAGUACUUGUAUCAAGACUUCUUUUUCACAAAUACUUAACUAGCUACAGUUUGUUUCAUUUUUGUUCAUUUGGAUAUGUUCACUCCUUUGUUAUGUUGAACACAAGCAAUUGCUAGCCAGUAAGAGGGAAGUAUUUGCAAAUGUAAGGUAGCAAAAAUGCAAAUGGUAUUUCAUGUUGUACUGAUACUGGAUAUGAAGAUGAAAAGUUUCAGAAACCUACAAGUAGAAACAACAGUCAAGAAACAACUUUUCUUAAGAUGUCAAAUGUAAAGCUGUUUUGUAUUUUACAGAAAUUUCAGUACAUUCAGUCCCUUUGUCUAGUAAUGGGAGGCACAGUCGGUUGAGGGCAAUUCCACCUUCAAAGUUUCAGAGGGGUUGAAAAAUGACCAGGUUGUUGUAGACAAAACAAUCAAAACAUAACAGGAUGUGCAUUUACUUAUUGGAAGUUGAUUGAUUAAUUGGGGAUUGUUGAAAAGAGAGUGGUUGUGCAAAAAUGUAAAUAUGGUAGAUUUAAGGGUCUGAAUCAUCCCCCCUGAAUUUUGAAAUGGAGUAAAAGGAGGUCCAUGUUUUCAAAACCGAUGUUGACAGUGUCUCUGCCCACUUUUCUUCUGUUUGUUCCUGUGUUGGUUGUGGCUUGGAUAGGUCUUCAAGGUUUUGACAACCAUGGCUGUGCCUUUCAUCUCCAAGUUAGGCCAAGAAUGUCAAACAAAAUUCUACAGGCAUGGGACUUCACAGUUUCUUGGAAGCCAAGGGAAUUGGAAGACUUCCCAAACCAGUAACCCAAGUACUUGAUUGGUAGUCCCUAUGUUCUGAUAAUAUACUUGAUGACACUGAGUUACUUUCAACACCAGUGUAUGGAAAAACUGUAAACUUAGUUGGCAAGCUGUUGAGUGUCAACAUUUCUGUAUUGUAGUAGAUCUACUCAAUGUUCUGAUGGAUGAUACCCAUAAUUUCAACAUGAUAAAAAAAGCAUGCACCCCCCUCCAUGUAAAGACUGUUAGUCCCAUGCCUGUCGUGAUAGUUUCCUCCAUGUAUUGCAAUAUUCCCAAUCUUGAGUUGAGACAGGAAUGGUCAGUCAGCAAUUAUUUACAGUGGCGUUUGUCCCUGCUGGUUGGCAAUGACUUCGGUGUGCCUUCGCUUCCCUCAGCCUUCCGCCUGUUCAACUGCAUGAUCAUGGCAGCCACUGCUACUGUAACUGGAAAGAUUUUGUUAUAUAAAUGUUUCAAAGACCCAAA